AUGACUGCUCCAGCGAAUUCGUCUGCUCUCAGUCUCUCAUCUGUCGAACCAUUAAGUGGUGGCAAUUUCAAGAAAUGGAAGCAAGAUAUAGAGAUCUUGCUGGGACUAAUGGAUCUCGAUCUUGCACUUCGUGAGGAUGAACCUGCUGCACUGACAAAUGCCUCAACUGCUGAAGAAAGGCACAAGCAUGAGAAAUGGGAGAAGGCUAACAGGAUGUCACUAAUGGUUAUGAAAAGAACCAUGAGCGAUACUGUUAGAGGUGGUGUUACUGGAUGUGAUAAGGCGAGAGAUUUUCUUGAUGCCAUUGGAGCAAAAUUCAAGGAAUCUGAGAAGGCUGAAAUGGGGGAAUUGAUGACAACACUUACAUCUCUAAAGUUUGAUGAAGGAAAGGGUGUUUGA